CGCCGUAUGCAACGUUUUCGCUAUUUAUAGUGAAACUCGCGAGCCGCACCAGAGCUCAGAAUUUACCCGACAUGCCAACCAGUUUAUCGGAUCGGUGAACCUGUUCGUGACCGAAGUGAGACGCACUGGCAACUUGUUGCAUCGGUUUCCGGUACCGCCAGGACCUCGCACGGGUUACAGUGAAGCUGCCCAGUCAUCCACGCUUUCUGCCAAUGCACAGGCGAUUCAGCAAUCAGUUCUUAGGUAGGA